AAUCUCUUCCGAUGUGAUACUGUAUCAGUUAUAUUCCAAAAGGCAGCGUCAGGAGUGGGAAUAGAUCCCAGUUCUGAAAAUGAUUACAUUGAAACAGGUUCCAAGGUGGAGCUGCCUUUCUGGCUUGCUCAUGAGCUACAAUUGAGACAAGUAGUAUCGAUCAACAUUCCCUCUUGUUUUGAUCAAAAAACUAGACUGGAGAUUCAGGCUGAUUGUGCCAGUGUGGAUCUGAGGUCUCGGUGUCCAUUCUUUUAUGAAUUUGGAUGCAAGAUAGCACCCGUGGUUGGCGAUAGGACAAUUGGAUUUCUGCUCUUGUCUGCAUUUAAGAAUAGGUACAAGGAACUACUCACCAAGGCGCAUACUGCAGCAUUUUCAGCGGCUACCAAAAUCUGGUCAAUCCUAACAAACGAAGAGAUCAAUUUGUAUGAGGCAGCUCAAUCCUCCAUGGCAUCCUUUAAGAAGUGGCGAAUUGGGGGACCUAGAUUUCAGAAAGCCCCUGUUCUUGGAAGAAAGAGAAAAUCAACUGAAUAAUUACUCCUUAAACUUGUCAGGCGUCUUUGACAAAAAA